AUGUCGAAUGUGGUAUUUGAGAGCAGCAUCCCGCCACCAUCUCACGAGCUAUCGACCGACGACCACGGAAUUCAAGUCGCAUCUCUAUGCACUGGUUUCAAGUUUUUCCAACGCGUGUUCCUCGCUACAUCCCGCAGUAAUUCCGAACUCAAGAUUGCUCAGCUGCCGCUCUACAUUGGCUACUUGGAUCGACCUCAUGACCCAAAACUCGUGGAUUAUCCGGUGCGGAAACCCUGCCCAAUCUCCAAGAUUUGUCAAAGAUGA